UCGUGCUUCAUGACGUCACGUGAGGCGGAGACUGGCGGCCGCGCUGAGUAGCUCAAGAAUAUUUUCAAAAUAAUUCAGGAUGGGGUUGAAGGAGUGGUGUGUCAUCGCAGUAUUAUGUGUCCUGGGAACUAUCCAGGCCCAGGACAAGCCAACACCUCUUGUAAUAUGGCAUGGCAUGGGUGACACUUGCUGUUUCUUCUUCAGUAUGGGUCACAUCGAGAAACUGGUGAUGCAGCGCAUCCCUGGGAUCUAUGUGCGGUCUCUCAUGAUUGGCAGUAAUAUCAUUGCUGAUGAAGAACAUGGUUACUUCGGAAAUGUAAAUGACCAAGUUGAGGAGGUCUGCAAUAAGUUAGCCAAUGACACAGAACUCCAGGGUGGUUAUCAUGCCAUGGGAUUCUCACAGGGUGGACAGUUCCUGCGUGCAGUGGCGGAACGCUGUUCAAAUCCACCCAUGAAGAAUUUGAUCACUUUUGGAGGACAGCACCAGGGUGUUUUUGGCUUGCCACACUGUCCUGAGAACCCAUCGAAGUCCCAAACAUGUGAAUAUAUCCGCAGGGUACUGAAUUAUGGAUCAUAUCUUCACUGGAUCCAAAACUCCUUGGUGCAGGCUCAGUAUUGGCAUGACCCUCUGCAUGCUGAAGACUAUUGCAACAAGUCCAUAUUCUUGGCAGACAUCAACAAUGAAAAGGUAGUAAAUGAGAAAUACCGUGAAAACCUGAACAAGUUGGACAACUUUGUGAUGGUGAAGUUUCUGGCAGACUCUAUGGUAGUUCCGGUGGAGAGUGAGUGGUUUGGCUUCUACACUCCAGGCCAGGAUGUGGAGGUCUUGCCACUUCAGCAAACUCAGCUCUACAUUGAGGAUCGUCUUGGGUUGAAAGAGAUGGACGAAACUGGCAAACUACAUUUUCUUACACAAGAUGGUGACCAUCUGGACUUCACUGAUGAAUGGUUUCUUGAAGAGAUUGUUGAUAAGUUUGUUGCCUAAAAUAAGUGAUCGAUAGGAGGUAUGGGUACUAUUUGUAUUCCAGACCAGUGGUUUUCAUACUGGGGUGUGCAACAAGGUUUUAAAGGAUACAUGGCACACUGGUAAAUUGUAUCACAAAAACUAAGAUAAAUCAGAGAAUAGAUGUGGUGACAAACUAUGGCUGUAAAUGCUAUUACACUAGCUCUGGCGCCAUUAUUUUUAGCUAGGCACAAUGCUAGUCUGACAAUAUUGAUAUUAAUAGCCUAUUGUUUAAUAUAUGUAUAUAGAAGUACAGUAUUUUGAUAAUCAAAUUAUUAUUAUUUUAUAAUUUAUCAAUAAAGAUGAUUUAUUAA